ACCUGCCCCAUUAAUAAUAACCCACCGGGCUCUGUUUUAAUAAUAAAAAAACCCUCCCUCUCCUAUUCACCUCCCGAAUAAAACCGGAGGGAGAGAAAAAAAAAAUACAUAAAAAAAGGAAAAAAAUCGAAAAAGGGGAAAAAUAUAAAAAAGUUUGAAAAAAAAUGGCCGUAGGAAAAAUCGUGGUAUCUGUGGCUUCUAUCCUUUUGGUGGUGGGAGUUGCCAUAGGAGUUGUCACCUAUGUUAAUAAGGGCGACGGUGGCGGCGGCGACAAGAACGCUCCUCUGAAUUCACAUCAGAAAGCGGUUCAGACAAUUUGUCAGCCAACCACAGACAAAGCCUCGUGCGCCAAGACUCUCGAGCCUGUCAAAAGCGACGAUCCAAGCAAGCUUAUCAAAGCCUUCUUGAUGGCUACAAAAGACGCGAUCACAAAAUCCUCAAACUUCACGGCUACGACCGAAGGAGGCAUGGGGAAAAACAUAAACGCGACGAACAAAGCCGUUCUUGAUUACUGUAAGAGAGUGUUGACCUACGCUCUUGAGGAUCUUGAGACCAUCGUUGAAGAAAUGGGCGCAGAUCUUCAGCAGAGCGGAAGUAAGCUUGACCAGCUCAAACAAUGGUUAACCGGAGUUUUCAAUUACCAAACCGAUUGUCUUGACGACAUUGAGGCAGUUGACUUGAGGAAAAUCAUGGGUGAAGGAAUCUCCAACUCCAAGGUUUUGACCAGUAACGCCAUCGAUAUCUUCCAUUCCGUUGUGACCGCCAUGUCCCAAAUGGGUGUCAAGGUCGACGAUAUGAAGAACGUGACCAUCGGAGGAUUGGGAGCUCCUGCGCGUCGCCUUCUUGAAGACAUUGACGCCAAGGGACUACCCAAAUGGCAUUCUGGUAAAGACAGGAAGCUUAUGGCUCAGGCCGGACGCGGUGGUGCAGCUGGUGAUGAUGGUAUCGGUGAAGGCGGUGGUGGUGGCGGUAAGAUCAAGCCGACUCACGUGGUGGCUAAGGAUGGAAGUGGACAGUUCAAGACUGUUUCCGAUGCGGUUAAAGCUUGCCCGGACAAGAACCCUGGACGUUGCAUCAUCUACAUCAAGGCUGGUAUAUACAAUGAGCAAGUCACUAUCCCUAAGAAGAAGAACAACAUCUUCAUGUUCGGUGAUGGUGCUACAAAGACCAUCAUUACUUUUAACAGAAGUGUUAAACUCAGCCCUGGAACCACUACUUCACUCAGUGGCACCGUUCAGGUUGAAUCUGAGGGAUUCAUGGCAAAGUGGAUCGGAUUUAAGAACACUGCUGGUCCAUUGGGACACCAAGCGGUCGCACUCCGUGUGAACGGAGACCGUGCGGUCAUAUUCAACUGCAGAUUUGACGGUUACCAAGACACACUCUAUGUGAACAACGGACGCCAGUUCUACAGGAACAUUGUUGUGUCCGGUACAGUCGACUUCAUCUUCGGGAAAUCAGCGACCGUGAUCCAAAACUCACUAAUCCUCAUCCGAAAAGGAAGCCCCGGACAAUCCAACUACGUUACAGCCGACGGUAACGAGAAGGGUGCAGCGAUGAAGAUCGGUAUCGUUCUCCACAACUGCCGGAUCAUGCCGGACAAGGAUCUCGAAGCUGACAAGCUAACCAUCAAGUCGUACCUAGGACGGCCGUGGAAGCAAUUCGCCACCACCGUGGUUGUUGGAACCGAGAUUAGUGAUGUGAUUAAACCAGAAGGAUGGAACGAAUGGCAAGGAGAGCAAUUCCACAAGACUGCAAAAUACAUUGAGUUCAAUAACCGUGGACCAGGAGCUAACACUGCUGCGAGGGUUCCUUGGGCUAAGGUGGCUAAGUCUGCGGCUGAGGUUGAAGGUUACACCGUCGCUAACUGGGUCGGCCCGGCUAAUUGGAUUCAGGAAGCCAACGUGCCUGUCCAGCUUGGGUUGUAAGAAGACUACUAACUAACGAAUAAAACAGUAUGUGAUUUUGUAAAAAAAAGGUAACGAUACAACCUCGUCUCUGGGAUCAGAGCUCCUUUUUUGGGUAUUAUACAAUAUAGGGUUCUAGACGUUUUGAGAUGAAGUUUGUAUAUGAUUGCUUUUGUUUCACGUGCAAAUGAGAAAAAAAAAAUUUAUGUUAUUUCAGUGCCUUUACUUUCUUUUUAUUAUUCUAAUUACUGAAUUUCUUUUAAAUUUUAAUCCUAAAAUGAUUUCACCAAGAUCUCUCACAAACCAAUGAAUUAUAAAAGUUGUAUUUGAGAUCUAAAAAAAU